AUGUCAUUUGCCGACGACCGACUAUGUCCACUCUGCUCCAGUCUUGACCUACAGAAGGUGUUUGACCCCGCUCGAUUCGAUGGCCUCCCAGGCGUCCGCACAGCUGAAGGCGUUGGGACUAGCUGGACUAGAUACAUCCAACAUGUCGGGGACUGGCGGCCGCCACUGGAGCGACUCGGGCAAUACCCGCCCGGCAUGAUUCUCAGUUGCCCUUUUUGCGAAGUAGUCCUGGGUCUUUUACACAUCAUCAGCCGAGCAACGCGUGAGACCAGUAGAGUUAUCCUAGCAAUUCCUGCCGAUCUUCUGUACGACUUUGUUAUUGCAGAUGGCGAAGCAGGCUCCGGGGUUGCUCCAGCCUCGGUCUUCCUGUUGAUCAUGAGCCCUGGCCAGUUCAGUCAGACUGCGGCUCGGUACUUCGGCAACACCCAAACCGGAGGAGGCUUGACCGCCUGGAUUCGAUUCGCUCAUCGAGAGUUUCCAGGGACUUUGAUCUCCAUACUGUCGGACACAAUCGUGGAGCCUCCUCAAUCACUCAUGGAGUUGCCGAUGCAGGGACGAAGACUCCUUGAAGAACGGGUUGACUACGGACUUAUUCGGUCUUGGAUACAACUCUGUGAAAGACAACACGCUACAUGUCGCACAGCUCCCGACUGGAAACCUGUCCUCCACUUCAAGUUGAUAGACUGUGAGUCUGGCCGUAUCAUCAACGCAGACUCUGGCCGGAAGUUCCGUUACGUGGCACUCAGCUACGUCUGGGGCAGUGCGCCCCCCGAAAAGUACACAUACCCACGCCUCCCCGACGACCUCCCGCCUGUCAUUCUAGACUCUAUGCGUGCGACCAUGAAGCUUGGCUUUCGUUAUGUUUGGAUCGAUCGUUAUUGUAUAUGGCAAGAAGACAAGACUCAUAAGAUGAGCCAAGUCGAGCAGAUGGACCAGAUCUAUGGGGAUGCGGAGCUUACCAUUAUCGCCGUCGGCGCCAAAGACCCUAGCUACGGUCUUCCGGGUCUGACUCUCAGCCGGACACAGCAUGCUUCAAUCACCAAGCGAAUUGGCCAGCAGAAGCUCAUUGCAAACUUCAGUCAUCACUGGCAGCUGGACCAAAUUACCAGGUCCAAGUGGGCCACGCGAGGAUGGACUUUUCAAGAAACCUGCCUAUCUAGACGAAGGCUCUACUUCUCCAACUACGAGGUGUCUUUUGAAUGUCAUGACAUGAUGUGCUUCGAGCACCUCACCCGUCCCCUGGCUUAUAAAGGGAGUUUGGAACACUAUGAGAGACCAGAAUGGAACCACAUUAACAACGCUCACGGCGUUUGGGCCAUAAUCCAAAGAUACUGCGAACGCCAGCUUACCUUCACCAGCGACAGACUUGCUGCAAUUAUGGGAGUCUUGAAGAAGUGGUCGAGAGCAAACCCGGGAUGCUUGUCUUAUUGGGGUGUUCCGAUAGUAGCCUCGGACUGGCCACGGCAGGAUGCCGACACUUUGAAGCGAGCAUUUCUUGCCGGACUGGAGUGGGAAACUUGCAGAUUUUCCAAGCUGGUCAUGGGUAUCGCAAAAUGGGAGAAGACUGUUCGGCCACAAAGGCUACUUCCAUUUACAACCCCCUGA